GCCGUUUGCAAGGGAGCGACAGAGUAUCGCUUCAAAUAUAAUAAAGGUUCGCAAAAUGAAAACCUACGAAAUGCAAUCAAUGCCACUAUAUAAUAAGUUAUCUGAAUUAUAAGCGAUUGCAGGACUAGGUCGCCGCUGCCUAGGAAAAGCGCAGGAACUUCCAUGGGGAACAUGAAGGAGGAUAACCUAAAAACCUAAAUGCUUUCAAACGAAUCGGUCCAAGUAGACGUUAUGAGCGGGGAUUCCUUGCCGUGAUGUUCCUCAGAGUGUAGACCGGCUCGGAGUGUUAUGAGGCGCUAUGGCGUGGCGUGAUCUUGGGGUUCAGAUGAUUCUGGCGACCGCGGGGGCUUUUACAGCUUUCAGCCUGAUGACUAUCGCUAUAGGCACGGACUACUGGCUUUACUCCCGAGCCUACAUAUGUAACACCACCAACAUCAGCGCGGACGAAAUCCAGACGCAACCAAAGAAAACCAAAGGCGAUCUUACGCAUUCCGGGCUUUGGAGAAUCUGUUGUAUCGAAGGUAUAAAUAAGGGGAGCUGCUAUCGGAUCAACCAUUUCCCGGAUGACAACGACUAUGACACGGACAGCUCAGAGUACCUGCUACGUAUUGUUCGCGCCUCCAGCGUGUUUCCCAUCCUCAGCACCGUCCUACUGCUGCUGGGCGGCGUGUGUGUAGGAGUGGGUCGUAUCUACGGCAACAGGAACAGCAUCCUGCUCUGUGCUGGCAUCCUCUUUGUGGCGGCAGGUCUGAGCAACAUCAUCGGCAUCAUCGUCUACAUCUCCAGCAACACCGGCGACCCCAGCGACAAGCGCGAGGAAGACAAGAAGAGCCAGUAUAACUACGGCUGGUCCUUCUACUUCGGCGCGCUCUCCUUCAUCCUGGCCGAGUCCAUGGCUGUACUGGCCGUCCACAUCUACAUUGAGCGCAACAAGGAGCUGCGUUUCCGCUCGCGCCGCCGCCGCCCCCACAAGUCAGCCUCGUCCUCGUCCUCCUCGCCGUACUCCCGCAUGCCCAGCUUCCGCUACCGCCGGCGCCGCUCCCGCUCCCGCUCUCGCUCCCGCUCCACCUCCCGUUCCCGCUCCACCGAGCCCUCCCGGGAGCCCUCGCCUGUGGGCAUCAAGAUAGCCGCUCCGCCUGCGGGGGGCGACGUCUCCAUGUACACCCUGACUCGGGACCCGCUCAAAUCCGGCACCGCCGCCUCCUACAGUCCCGAGCACGACUCUGACUUCCUGCACAUCCACAACUGCUUCCCAAAAGACGUCAACGACACCCUCAAUAAGAGGACGACACCAGUAUGAAGCACCCCCCCCCCGCCCCCCCCCCCAUAUUAGGGUCAAUUUUUAAACCUGGCACUAAACAAACUUGUACUAAAGCUGAAAAAUCAACACUCCUUUGCAGUAUUUAAAACGUCUCUCCUGAAUAACUAAAACGAGGAAGUUUCCUCUUACCUCUGCCAGACGUAAACGGAGAGAGCGGGUGACCUUUCCAGGCUGUAGCGGCCUGUAGUGUUUUAUAAUUUAUUGAAAAGCUUACCUGUAUUUUCUGCUGCGAACCAGAACAUUUGUGUAGUUUUUAUUUUUUGGUGCCACACUGUAUUGUAACAGUACUUUGUUUCCAGUAUUUCUGAUAUUUUAAUUUUUCGUUUUCUGACAUUCUGCUUGUUGCAGUUUUUAACCCUGUGACUUAUUUGCUUUGAGUCCAGUCACUCAGCUUUGUACUGUGUUCUAAUGAAUAUUUCUAACAGACUCCAAUGCAGUGAAAAAAUCCCCCCCCCCCAAUUGUUGCUGGGUGUGUACAUGAGCACGGCGCGUCACGCCUGUCUCGUCUGUUUACAGCCACUGUCACCUUUGGACAUUCAAGUUCUUCCCGUAAACUAGCCGUGAUGCUCCUCUGGAUCAGGGGAAAGAGUUACACCCUCAUCUGAAAUGUUGUUACCAGGAAAUCUCGUUUCUACAUGCUCAGCCCCUUUUUGGCUCAGGGGAGGGAACAGCUCGACUCUGCUUUCAAAGAACGGCUAGAUAGAUUUUUUUUUUGUUAAGAAAAUAUAGACCUGUUUUUUUUUCCCAAAAAGAGAUGAUGUUGUGUUAGAGCUUUCUACGCUUCUAUCUCCUUUUUGGUGUCAAGGAGCAAUGGAACAUUGUAAUGUAAUUAUUUGGUUAUGGUCAAUUAAAUGCACAAUCUAAUUCACUAAGUGUGAAAGGCACUCUGCUGCUAUUCACUGCCCUACUCCCUUAUGUAACAAACAAGUUAACCGGUGACUUUAGGCAUCCAGAAAGACAGCCACCUAGACGCGGUCAGCUGAGGACCCGCAUGCAUCCCGCCGGACAUUCAGACAAUCAGCAUUUUAAACGUGAGCCGCCCCCUGGCCUAGUGCCAUGGUGGAAGAGGCCCAGUCAGUGCUUCUGUGAGUGAAAUCCAAGGGGGCUUCUGUGAGUGAAAUCGAUGCUGGAGCCGACGCAAAGCGCCGAAGGAUGGAGAACGAGGCCGCCAAAGACGCUGGCUCAGAAAACGCGAGCGAUUCUUCACUCGUUUCUAAGGAGGCAGAGCAGAGGCCAGCAGGCGUCUACUCUCGAACCCAAGGCCCUGGGCUUGUUUUUGGUUCUUUCCUUUCAUGAAUACUGAGAACCUUUAUUUAUUUAUUAGUUUCCCUUUGUUCAGGGCUGCCUGACACGGAGCUCUUUCGAGGUUUUGAGUAGGAGACGCGCACUGCAUUGCUGCCACUCGCAUGAGCAGCUCGUCCAUAUAGAGAAAAGGCACCAUGACCCCCCCCCCCCAACAUCCCCAAAAAGCAGCACAUGCUCAAACAUAAAUGGCAAGAUAACAAAAGACAGUCUGAACAGAGUCGUCAGUCGGGGAGCUGGAGGCAACUUUGUAGGGCUCACUUUGUCUGUCUGUGUGGGUGUCGGUUCAUGAGGGGCUGGAUCACACAUCUCACUGGGUCCUCCACAGCACAGUCUCCUGCAUCCCCAACUUCCAAAGCACAGUGUGGAUGAGCAGCCAGUGAGACAUCCCCCCCCUACCCCCUGUCUGUGUCUCUGCCCAUCAUUGAUUCUGCCAUCUUCUUAGGUCGACCUAGACCACAGGAUAUCGUGUGUGGGGGGGGGGGGGGUGGACCCCCCCCCCAAAAAAAAAAAACUACAAAAAUAUUGCACUACUCCUUGUUGAUUUGACAUUUUCCUGGAUGUGGGUGGAAUGUAGAUCCUUCACCUGUGAGCGCUGUGGGCUGUGGUGUGAUCAUCUAUCCUGAUGCUGCUUACAUUAGUAUAUGAAUCCCCCACUGCUAUGACCUCGGAAUCUUGACUGUCUGACAGCGGAACUUCCUCACUCCAAACCCAACUCACGUUGCCAACAAGACGGCAGCUCUGGUGGAUGGCUUCGACUCAGCGUCCCUCAGAAAGCCGGCGGCCGGGACUUGGUGAUAUUUGCUGGUGGACGUUAUUUGCUGGUGGACUUUAUUUGCUGGAAGAUGUAUUUGCUGGUGGACAUUAUUUGCUGGUGGACGUUAUUUGCUGGGGGACGUUCUGUGUUACAGCAUCCCAAAGCCAAAGCACACUUUCACCCUUUGGUUUUUCAGACCUGCACCGUAGCUAGAAGCAGAUUAAGACUCGAGGUAGAAUGGUGCCAUAAAUAUCCUCGGUGUACCGGGAUGGCGUGCUGUGCUGUGUAGGGUUUGAGGGGCCAGCGGUACCCUGGGGCAAGAUAUUUAGCCUGACUCACUUCAGUGAAAUAUUCAGCGAUAUAAAUGGUCAAAUGUGUAUUCUGUGUACGUCGCUUUGGAUAGGGCCUGUUUGCUAAGCAAAUAAAAGCUACAACAGAGCUUAUCUAGAUGGAGUCCACAAAUCCAAUCAUUAAGUCUCUUUUAUAAAAACGUACAAUGAAGGACUCUGUCUUUUAUAUACUGUAUAUAGUUAAAAAAGAGAAUACAUUUAUGGCUUUAGCAAUCAUGUCUUAUCAAGGCCUUAUCGUUUCAUCAGAAAUCAGGGGACGAGGAAGGCAUUAACAGCAGAACAGUAAUUGUAAUGUUGUCACAGUUAUUUAUUUCUUUUUGUAAGCUUUCGACGUUGAAUACCAAGACCCUUAUUUUAUACAACUAAAAUAGAAACUUAAGGUUCAAUCUGCUUUCUGUUUACCUUGAAGAAAGGACAUCUAAUGUACAUGAAGUCUUAUUAUAAAACAAUGUGUCAUAAGUGGAGAAUAUAAUAUUUCAAAGAACUGGUGUCAUCCUCAGAUGAUACGUGUUAUACAUGUAUAUAUGUUGUGUUUUUGGAUAUUUAAACUUAUUUUGUGAAACAGAAUUGUUUAUUUUUUGGGUACAUUGGUUUGUGUCAGUGUUGUUCAGCUCAAGUGUGUCACCAUACUGCUGUCCACACAUUUUAAUUAAAUCAGGGGCACAC